AUUUACGCGACAGACUUCCUCUCGGGCCCCGUGCAGCAGUUAAGUUCGUGAUGAGUUCGAAAUCGCGACGCAGGACCCGGUCCAGAACCAGAAGUCGGAGUCGAGAUAGGCGAAACAAGUCUAAAAUAAGCAAAUCGCAAUCUCCAGACGAGAGGAGAGGCCGUAGUAGGUCUCCGGACGCCAGAAGAGCCGCCCACGGACGAACUAGAUCGAGCAGCAGCAGCGCGGCCUCAAAUCAUGGAUCUCCAGUCCGCCGUCGGCCUCAGCACUGGGGCCGAUCUGGGUCCGGCAGCGGCUCGGAGGCUGACAGGAGGCGAAGAGAGCACCGGAGCAGCAGAUCGAAAGGUCGAUCGUCAAGUCCUGAUUCAGACAAUUCCAAGAUGAGAAGAAGAGGGAAGGAGACGGAGAGAAGGAAGGGAAGGUCCCAGUCCGGCUCGGGCUCGAGCAGCGGAAGCAGCGACAGAGAGAGGAGGAGACGGAGACAAAGUCCUGAUCGAGGGAGUACAGCAAGAGGCAGAGAGACGAGGGACCAGGAAAGGAAAAGUGACAGAAGCAGAGAGAGGAAGAAGAGGAGCGAGGAUAGGGAGCGAGGGAGGAGCAAGAAGAGCAAAGAGAGAGAUGAUAGGCGCAGAGGGAGGCGGGGGUCCAGCGCGUCCGACUCCUCGGAGAGCUCCGAUUCAGACAAUGAGAACCUUGAAGUCAAAGAGAAAGAGGAGAGGAAGAAACAGAAAGAGCUGAUGAAAGCCCUGGAGACGCCAGAGGAGAAGAGAGCCAGACGACUGGCGAAGAAGGAAGCGAAGGAAAAGAAAAGGAGGGAGAAGAUGGGCUGGAGCGAAGAAUACAUGGGAUACACCAACGCAGACAACCCGUUUGGAGACAACAACCUGCUGGGCACAUUCAAAUGGCAGAAAGCGCUGGACAAGAAGGGCAUUGGCCAUUUCAGCGAAAAAGAGCUGAAAGAGAGAAACAAAUGCAUCCAGGAGGAGAACCGAAGAGAGCUGCAAAAGGUGAAGCAGCUGCGGCUGGAGCGGGAGCGAGAGAAAGCCAUGAGAGAGACGGAGCUGGAGAUGCUGCAGAGAGAGAAAGAGGCCGAGCACUUCAAAACCUGGGCUGAACAGGAGGACAACUUCCACCUGCAGCAGGCCAAACUAAGGUCCAAGAUUAGAAUCCGCGAUGGCCGUGCAAAACCCAUCGACCUUCUGGCGAAGUACAUCAGUGCCGAGGACGACGAUCUGGCCGUGGAGAUGCACGAACCGUACACGUUCCUCAACGGACUGACUGUCACCGACAUGGAGGACCUGCUGGAGGACAUAAAGGUCUACAUGGAGCUGGAGCAGGGCAAGAACGUGGACUUCUGGAGAGACAUGACGACCAUCACCGAGGACGAGAUCAGCAAGCUGAGGAAACUGGAAGCGUCUGGGAAAGGACCCGGCGAUCGACGCGAUGGCAUCAACACAGCGGUCAGCACCGACGUCCAGUCCGUGUUCAAAGGGAAAACCUACAGCCAGCUGCAGGCGCUGCACCUGAACAUCGAGGGAAAGAUCCGGGCCGGGGGAUCCAAUCUCGACAUCGGCUACUGGGAGAGUCUGCUGCAGCAAGUUCGGGUCUACAUGGCCAGAGCGCGGUUGAGAGAGCGCCAUCAGGACGUGCUGCGUCAGAAGCUGUUCAAACUGAAACAAGAGCAGGGAGUGGAAAGCGAACCUCUGUUCCCCAUCAUCAAAGAGGAACCGAGGAGCGAGGAAGACGAGGAUGAGGAAAGAACGAGAGAGAGGACAGCGGAGGAGAGCGGUCUGUCGGCGUCUUCAUCCCGGAGAAACAAGAACAGAGAAAUGGAGGAGGAUGAAGAGGGGCCAGGCCCGUCCACCUCUACGGCUGGCGGCCAAGACGAAGAGGGAGGAGAGAAAGAUGAAGGGAAAGACGAGGAGGGGAAGGGAGAGGCGGCGGAGGCCGUGUUGACGGAGGAGGACCUCAUCCAGCAGAGCCAGGCGGAGUACGACUCUGGUCGCUACAGUCCCACUCUGCUCACUCUGUCUGAGCUGCCGCUGGACACUCACACCAUCACCCCAGAGGAAGACGCGCACCGGCUCCAGCUGGCCCGCAGGCAGCUUCAGGUCACAGGCGACGCCAGCGAAAGCGCGGAGGACGCCUUCGUGCGGCGGGCCAAAGAAGGCAUGGGCAACGACGAGGCCCAGUUCAGCGUGGAGAUCCCAGUCUCCGGGAAGAUGUACCUGUGGGCGGACAAGUACCGUCCGCGCAAACCGCGCUUCUUCAACCGGGUCCACACGGGCUUUGAGUGGAACAAGUACAACCAGACGCACUACGACUUCGACAACCCGCCGCCCAAGAUCGUCCAGGGGUACAAGUUCAACAUCUUCUACCCGGACCUGAUCGACAAGCGCUCCACGCCUCAGUACUUCCUCGAGCCGUGUCCGGACAACAAGGACUUUGGGAUUUUGAGGUUCCACGCCGGGCCGCCGUACGAGGACAUCGCUUUUAAGAUUGUCAACAGGGAGUGGGAGUACUCGCACCGACACGGGUUCCGCUGCCAGUUCGCCAACGGGAUCUUCCAGCUGUGGUUCCACUUCAAGAGGUAUCGCUACAGGAGAUGAACGAGUCACCAGCACGGACCAAAACCUCAGGGACCUGACUUCGCUCGCGGAAACCGGAUGAUUUGGCUCGUUUUAGCUGCUCAUAAAACUAGAGCCUCAGCGACAAACUCUUGUCAUGUUGUCUGAAAAGGAAACUAUAAAUGUAGUCUGCUAAAUACACAUUAAAGAUUUGUUUUUUCACUUUC